AUGUCCUCCAACCCUAAGCAAGCGAGAGCUUCAGUGGUGCUGGUGCUGGCGCUGGUGCUGGUGCUGGUGCUGGUGGCGGUCGAGGCGGCGGCGGUGGUGUCGGUGUCGAUGGCCCGAGUUCAGGCCUCUUGCGAGCCGACGGGCGGGCUGGAAGUCUGGAAGUUGAAGGGCCAAAGUGGCCGCAGGCCUCCAUCGAAACGGAAGCCACGAACGAACCAACCAACGCAGGACGCUAUUCUGAUCGACCUUUAG